AUGGGAAGGGAGGGGCAGAAAGUAAAGGCUUUAUAUUUCCUCUUCAGAGACACAGCUCCCAUCUCUCCUGCCAAACUGUUCACUUCACCACUGAAAAGCAACAAAGGUAGGGUUUGGUCUAAUGGAUUCCCUCAACAUAGCAAAUGUUGAAUUUUGCCUCGAUGUGUUCAAAGAGCUGAACAGUAACAACUUAGGAGAUAAUGUCUUCUUUUCCCCGCUGAGUCUGCUUUAUGCUCUAAGUAUGAUCCUCCUUGGAGCCAGAGGAAACAGUGCACAGCAGAUGGAAAAGGUGCUUCACUUUAAUCAUAUUGCAGAAUCAUCAGGACCAGAGUUCAAGGACUCAGCUAAGUGCAGCCAAACUGGAAGGAUUCAUUCAGAGCUUGGAGCCCUAUUCUCUCAAAUCAACCAGCCAAACUCUAACUAUACCCUCAGCAUUGCCAACAGACUCUACGGGACAAAGGCAAUGGCAUUCCACCAGCAAUACUUAAAAUGUUCUGAGGAAUUGUAUCAAGCCAGUCUGCAAACUGCUGAUUUUGAACAAUCUGUGGAAGAAGCAAGGAAAACUAUUAAUGCCUGGGUUGAAAGUAAAACUGAUGGAAAAGUCACUAACCUCUUUGAAAAGGGCACACUUGAUGCUUCUUGUGUCAUGGUCUUGGUGAAUGCCAUAUAUUUCAAAGGACAAUGGCAAAAUAAGUUUCAGGAAAGAGACACGGUUAAAAGCCGUUUUCAGCUAAGGAAGGGUAAAAGCGUAACUGUGGAGAUGAUGUAUCAGACUGGAAAGUUUAAGCUGGCCCUCAUCGAGGAGCCCCAGAUGCAGGUUCUUGAGCUGCCCUAUGUUAACAACACCCUGAGUAUGAUCAUUCUGCUUCCAGUGGACAUGGCUGAUCUAGACCAGGUAGAAAAACAGCUGAAUGCGAAGACCUUUCAUGAGUGGACCAGCCCGUCUAACAUGGUGGAGAGGGAGGUGGAAGUACAUCUCCCCCGAUUCAAACUGGAAAUCAAGUACGAGCUAAAUUCCCUGUUAAAAUCCCUCGGGAUGACAGAUAUCUUCAACGAGGUCAAAGCAGAUCUUUCUGCAAUAUCACCAGCCAAGGGCCUCUUUGUAUCAAAGAUCAUCCACAAGUCCUACGUAGAAGUCAAUGAGGAGGGCACGGAGGCAACCGCAGCCACCGGGGACAGCCUGGUGGUAAAAAGACUCCCCAUCCGAGCUCAGUUCCUGGCGAACCACCCCUUCCUGUUCUUCAUAAGGCACAUUCACACCAACGCAAUUCUCUUCUGUGGCAAGGUCGCCUUGCCCUGAGCAAGUGGGGUGAAGCAAGGCUCAGGGUCACAGAGGAGGCACAGGAACAAACCUGUGACUAAAAGCAGUUCAUAUCUUACCCUCUUCUGUGCCUCAGUUUGCUCCUCUGCAAUAUAGGUCUAGGACAUCUCCCAGCUUACUCCAUGAGUUAGUGAACCCUCAGAUGGUAGUAAUCAUGGAACAAGGUAUAGUUACAAAAAAGCCUCUCUGGCUCUCUUAUCUUCAUUUAAGUGUGUCAGGGUGACACGACCGUGUCAAUGGGAAACAACCUUAGAAGAUAAGAUUUUCUUGACUUGUUUAUAUCAGUGAGCUCUUGAAUAAGUGGCCACUUUAGCUUCUGAAAACCAAUUUAAAGGCUUCAACUUUGGUUGGAUCUUAAAAUCUGUUAUUUUCUUUGGGUGUACAUAUAACACCAUGAAUUCUGCAUUGAUUAUAAUAAAUACAUGAAAUGCCUUAA